GAGUCUCGUUGAAAGUGGGUAGAGAGGGUUUUGUAGUACGAGCGGCCGUCUACAGGGACUAACUUCUCAGAGCAUGGAUUUAUCGGCAGCCGGGGCACUCGGGGGCCACAAUGUGGUAAAAUACUGACCGUAAAGCAGGUACUGAGCAUCCAUAUGUGUCCCAUAGCAACACAGCUGUUUUUGCAGGGAGUUUUCCGAGUUUAACACAAAAAGCAAAGAUCUACAAAGAUGUCUGAUAAGAUGUCAAGUUUUCUCCAUGUAGGGGACAUUGUAUCCCUGUACGCAGAGGGAUCGGUAAAUGGCUUCAUCAGCACACUGGGAUUGGUGGAUGACCGGUGUGUGGUGCAGCCCGAGGCAGGGGACCUUAAUAACCCACCCAAGAAGUUCAGAGACUGUCUGUUUAGACUUUGCCCCAUGAACAGAUAUUCUGCCCAAAAGCAGUUCUGGAAAGCGGCAAAGCCCGGGGCCAGCAACACGACAGAUACCGUUCUUCUCAACAAACUGCACCAUGCAGCGGAUCUAGAGAAAAAACAAAAUGAAACUGAAAAUCGCAAGCUCUUGGGGACCGUUAUUCAGUACGGGAAUGUUAUACAGAUGCUGCAUCUGAAAAGUAACAAGUACCUUACUGUGAACAAGCGACUCCCGGCCCUCCUGGAGAAAAAUGCGAUGCGCGUGACAUUGGAUGAAGCUGGAAAUGAAGGCUCCUGGUUUUAUAUCCAGCCUUUCUAUAAGCUGCGCUCCAUCGGUGACAGUGUUGUGAUUGGUGAUAAAGUUGUUCUUAACCCAGUAAAUGCUGGCCAGCCAUUACAUGCCAGCAGCCACCAACUGGCUGAUAACCCUGGAUGCAAUGAGGUGAACUCGGUCAAUUGUAACACCAGUUGGAAGAUCGUUCUGUUCAUGAAAUGGAGUGACAACAAGGAUGAUAUUCUGAAAGGAGGAGAUGUUGUGCGGCUCUUUCAUGCAGAGCAGGAAAAGUUCUUGACAUGUGACGAGCACCGGAAGAAGCAGUAUGUGUUCCUCCGGACCACCGGCCGCCAGUCUGCCACUUCUGCUACCAGUUCCAAGGCAUUAUGGGAAGUCGAGGUCGUGCAGCAUGACCCUUGUAGAGGGGGUGCCGGCUACUGGAACAGCCUUUUCCGAUUCAAGCAUUUGGCAACGGGGCACUACCUGGCAGCUGAGAUGGAUGCAGAGCAGGAUCCGGCUCGGGCACGCAUGCGUGUUGUGCCAGAGAAGAUGAUGUGCACUUUGGUAUCUGUCCCUGAAGGAAAUGAUAUUUCAUCUAUUUUUGAAUUGGACCCAACUACACUCCGUGGAGGAGACAGUCUUGUACCCAGAAACUCGUAUGUUCGGCUCCGGCAUCUCUGCACCAAUACCUGGGUCCACAGCACGAACAGCCCCAUAGAUAAAGAUGAAGAGAAACCGGUUAUGUUGAGGAUUGGCACAUCCCCUGUGAAGGAGGACAAGGAAGCAUUUGCCAUCGUCCCGGUGUCCCCAGCUGAAGUUCGUGAUCUGGAUUUUGCAAACGAUGCCAGUAAAGUCCUGUCUUCCAUUGCAGGCAAACUAGAAAAAGGCACAAUCACACAAAAUGAGAGGAGAGCUGUGACCAAACUUCUGGAGGAGUUGGUGUAUUUUGUGACUGCUGGGGUAAAUUCGGGGCAGGAUGUUCUAGAGGUGCUUGUGAACAAACCCAACAGGGAGCGUCAGAAACUGAUGCGGGAGCAGAACAUACUCAAACAGAUCUUCAAGCUGCUGCAAGCUCCAUUCACAGACUGCGGAGACGGUCCAAUGCUUAGACUAGAGGAACUUGGAGACCAGAGACAUGCGCCAUUCAGACAUAUAUGUAGACUGUGUUACCGUGUCCUAAGACAUUCCCAGCAAGACUAUCGCAAAAACCAGGAGUACAUCGCAAAGCAGUUUGGUUUCAUGCAGAAGCAGAUCGGUUAUGAUGUUUUGGCAGAAGACACUAUUACAGCUCUGUUGCACAAUAACCGAAAACUCCUAGAGAAACACAUCACGGCAGCAGAGAUAGACACCUUUGUGAGCUUGGUGAGGAAAAACAGGGAACCAAGGUUCCUGGAUUAUCUGUCUGACCUCUGUGUGUCAAUGAAUAAAUCCAUCCCAGUAACACAGGAGUUAAUCUGCAAAGCUGUGUUGUAUCCGGCUAACGCAGACAUCCUAAUUGAAACAAAGCUUGUCCUGUCCCGUUUCGAGUUUGAAGGCGUUACUAGCGGGGAGAGUCCCCUAGAAGCUGGAGAAGAUGAGGAAGAGGUAUGGCUCUUUUGGAGAGACAGCAAUAAAGAAACACGAAGUAAGAGCAUCAGGGAGCUGGCACAAGAUGCUAAAGAAGGUCAGAAAGAAGACCAGGAUGUGCUGAGCUACUACAGGUAUCAGCUGAACCUUUUUGCGCGCAUGUGCCUGGACCGACAGUAUCUGGCCAUUAAUGAAGUCUCUGGCCAGUUGGAUGUAGACCUCAUCCUGCGUUGUAUGUCUGAUGAGAACCUGCCUUUUGACUUGCGUGCCUCCUUCUGUCGCCUAAUGCUUCAUAUGCAUGUGGAUCGUGACCCUCAGGAGCAAGUAACACCGGUGAAAUAUGCCAGGUUGUGGUCAGAAAUACCAUCAGAGAUUGCUAUUGAGGACUAUGACAGCAGUGGGACAUCAAGAGAGGAUAUUAAAGAACGGUUUGCUCAGACGAUGGAGUUUGUGGAGGAAUAUUUGCGAGACGUUGUGGGUCAGAGGUUCCCGUUUUCAGACAAGGAGAAGAACAAGUUGACAUUUGAGGUGGUGAACCUGGCUAGAAAUCUCAUUUACUUUGGUUUCUACAACUUCAGUGACCUCUUGCGUUUAACAAAGAUCUUGCUGGCUAUUCUGGAUUGCGUACAUCUGACUACCAGUUUCCCAACCGGCAAGAUGGGCAAAGGAGACGAGAAGGGAGGCAGUAAUGUGAUGCGAUCAAUACAUGGUGUAGGGGAGCUUAUGACUCAAGUGGUGUUGCGCGGAGGGGGAUUUCUUCCACUGACCCCUCUUGCAGCUCCUGAAGGAGUCAUCAAGCCCCACAGAGAGCCCGAGAAGGAGGAUGUGCUUGUGAUGGACACCAAGCUGAAGAUCAUAGAGAUUCUGCAGUUCAUUUUGAAUGUGCGUUUGGAUUACCGGAUCUCCUGCCUCCUUUGUAUCUUCAAGAAUGAAUUUGAUGAGAGCAAUACACAAACCGGAGAUGGAAUCGGCUUGGAUUCUGCCACUGUGGUACCUGGGACUUUGGAUUUUGAGCACAUUGAGGAACAAGCAGAAGGAAUCUUCGGUGGAAGGAAAGAGAACACGCCACUGGAUCUCGAUGAUGAUGGCGGACGCACCUUUCUCCGUGUCCUCCUCCAUCUCACCAUGCACGAUUACCCUCCUCUGGUUUCUGGGGCUUUGCAAUUGCUCUUCCGACACUUCAGCCAAAGGCAGGAAGUAUUGCAAGCCUUCAAACAGGUUCAGCUUCUGGUCACCAGCCAGGACGUAGAGAGCUACAAACAAAUAAAGCAAGAUCUGGACCAGUUAAGAUCUAUUGUGGAGAAGUCCGAGCUCUGGGUCUACAAGGGAUCUGGACCAGAGGAUGCCCCAGAGGUGCAAGCAGGCGCUGCCGGUCACAAGGAGGAAGGAUCUGGGAAGCCAACGAAGCCAGAGAGCACAAGCAGCUAUAACUACCGAGUAGUAAAAGAGAUACUCCUGCGACUUAGCAAACUGUGUGUGCAGGAGAACACGUCCGGGCGGCGGAACCGUAAGCAACAGCAAAGACUACUUCGGAACAUGAGUGCCCACAGUGUGGUGCUGGAGUUGUUGCAAAUUCCAUAUGAGAAGAUGGAGGACACACGAAUGCAGGAGAUAAUGAGGAUCGCGCAUGAAUUCCUGCAGAACUUUUGUGCAGGAAACCAGCCAAACCAAGCAUUGCUUCAUAAGCACAUCAACCUGUUCCUGACUCCUGGGAUCCUGGAGGCUGUCACGAUGCAACAUAUCUUCAUGGACAACUUCCAGCUGUGCAGCGAGAUUAAUGAGAGAGUGGUCCAACACUUUGCCCACUGCAUUGAGACCCACGGUCGUAGCGUGCAGUAUAUAAAGUUUCUGCAAACCAUUGUGAAGGCAGAAGCACGCUUCAUCAAAAAGUGCCAGGACAUAGUGAUGGCAGAGCUGGUGAACUCUGGCGAGGACGUUCUGGUUUUCUACAAUGACCGCGCGUCGUUCCAGACUCUGGUACAGAUGAUGCGCUCGGAGAGGGAGCGGAUGGAUGAGAACAGCCCGCUGAUGUAUCACAUUCACCUGGUGGAGCUCCUGGCUGUCUGCACGGAAGGAAAGAAUGUUUACACGGAGAUAAAGUGCAACUCUCUGCUCCCGCUGGAUGACAUUGUCCGUGUUGUUACACACGAGGACUGCAUCCCCGAGGUGAAGAUUGCCUAUAUUAACUUCCUUAACCACUGCUACGUGGACACCGAGGUGGAGAUGAAGGAGAUUUACACCAGUAACCACAUGUGGAAAUUAUUUGAGAACUUUCUUGUGGAUAUCUGCAGGGUAUGUAACAGUACGAGUGAUCGAAAACAUGCAGAUCUGGUACUGGAACGUUACGUUACAGAGACUGUGAUGAGCAUCGUCAACACGUUCUUUAGUUCUCCAUUCUCUGACCAGAGCACGACGCUGCAGACUCGGCAGCCGGUGUUUGUGCAGCUCUUACAAGCAGUGUUCAGGGUCUAUCACUGCAGCUGGCUCCUGCCUGUCCAGAAGGCAUCAGUUGAGAGCUGUAUCCGGGUGCUGUCAGAUGUUGCAAAGAGCCGUGCUAUCGCCAUCCCAGUGGAUCUGGACAGUCAGGUGAACAACUUAUUCCUGAAAAGCCACAAUAUUGUACAGAAAACUGCGAUGAGCUGGCGCAUGUCUGCCCGUAACGCGGCUCGACGUGACUCAAGUGUGUUAACAGCAUCUCGAGACUAUCGCAAUAUCAUCGAGAGGCUGCAGGACAUAGUGUCAUCUCUGGAAGAUCGUCUGCGUCCUCUGGUUCAGGCAGAGCUCUCUGUACUGGUUGAUGUCUUGCACCGUCCAGAACUUCUGUUUCCAGAGAACACUGAUGCGCGUCGGAAGUGUGAAAGCGGCCAGUUCAUUUGCAAGCUUAUACGACACACUAAGCAACUUCUGGAGGAGAAUGAAGAAAAGCUUUGCAUUAAGGUUUUGCAGACUCUGAGAGAGAUGAUGGCAAAGGACAGAGGUUUUGGAGAGAAGGGGGAAGCAUUAAGGAUCAUUUUGGUAAAUCGUUACUAUGGGAACAUCCGUUCGCCGACGAGGCGAGAGAGUUUGACCAGCUUUGGGAAUGGUCCUGUGUCUGUAGGUUCUGGGAAGUCUGGAGGUGGCACCAGUUCAGCGAUCCUCAGUCGAGGGGAGAUGAGUUUGUCUGAUGUUCAAUGCCACCUUGAUAAAGAGGGGGCAUCCGAUUUAGUAAUAGAUUUGAUUAUGAAUGCCACAAGCGACCGUGUGUUUCAUGAGAGCAUCCUACUGGCCAUUGCGCUGCUGGAAGGGGGCAACACUACUAUUCAGCAUUCCUUCUUCUGCCGGCUAACAGAGGACAAGAAAUCUGAGAAAUUCUUCAAGGUCUUCUUCGACCGGAUAAAAGUGGCCCAACAGGAGAUUAAAGCCACAGUGACUGUAAACACAAGCGACCUCGGGAGCAAGAAACGUGACGAGGAGCAAUCUGAGAGGGAGACUCCGCACCGCAAGAGAGGCCGUGAGCCCAGUACCCAGAUUACAGAAGAAGCCAAAGAGCAGCUCUUGGAGGCAUCUGUUGCCACGAAAAAGGCCUUUAAUUCUUUCCGCCGGGAAGCUGACCCCGAUGACCACUUUGCGUCCGGUGAUGGAAGUCUUGGGAACUCUGAAAAGAGCCGAGAUGAGCUUGAAAUGAGUGCAGUGAUCACAAUCAUGCAGCCUAUACUGCGAUUUCUGCAGCUCCUGUGUGAAAACCACAACAGAGAUCUGCAGAAUUUCCUGCGGUGUCAAAACAAUAAAACAAAUUACAACCUGGUGUGUGAGACCCUGCAGUUUCUGGACUGCAUCUGCGGUAGCACCACCGGUGGCCUUGGCCUUCUGGGGCUCUACAUCAACGAAAAGAACGUGGCCCUCAUCAACCAAACUCUGGAGAGCUUGACUGAAUACUGCCAGGGGCCCUGCCAUGAAAACCAGAACUGCAUUGCUACCCAUGAGUCAAACGGCAUAGACAUAAUCACAGCCUUGAUUCUGAAUGACAUCAACCCCCUGGGACGGAAGAGAAUGGACUUAGUGCUAGAACUAAAGAACAAUGCCUCAAAGCUUCUCCUAGCCAUCAUGGAGUCUCGCCACGACAGCGAGAACGCGGAACGUAUUCUCUACAACAUGCGACCUAAGGAACUGGUGGAGGUGAUAAAAAAAGCUUAUUUACAAGGGGAGGUCGAGUUUGAGGAUGAGGAAGGCUCCGAGGAUCAUGCUGCAUCUCCUCGCAAUGUGGGACACAAUAUUUAUAUCUUGGCACAUCAGCUUGCGCGGCAUAACAAGGAGCUACAGCAUAUGUUAAAGCCAGGAGGACAAACCGGGGAGGGAGAUGAGGCACUGGAGUUCUAUGCCAAACAUACAGCUCAGAUAGAGAUUGUCCGUCUGGACCGCACCAUGGAGCAGAUAGUGUUUCCCGUUCCAAGUAUCUGCGAGUUCCUCACCAAAGAAUCAAAGCUACGCGUUUAUUACACGACAGAAAGAGAUGAACAGGGCAGCAAGAUUCACGACUUUUUCCAACGCUCAGAGGAUCUCUUCAAUGAAAUGAACUGGCAGAAGAAGCUGAGAGCGCAGCAUGUCCUGUACUGGUGCUCACGCAACAUGACCUUCUGGAGCAGCAUUUCCUUCAACCUGGCCGUGCUAAUGAACCUCCUCGUAGCAUUCUUCUACCCUUUCAUUGGUGUCAAAGGAGGGACCCUGGACUCCCGUCUCUCUGGCCUACUUUGGACAGCCAUGUUUGUGUCUUUAGCCAUAGUCAUUGUCUUACCUAAGCCACAUGGAAUUCGUGCAUUAAUAGCUUCCACCAUCCUACGUCUUAUCUUCUCAAUUGGCCUGCAGCCCACGCUUUUCCUGUUGGGAGCUUUCAAUGUCUGCAAUAAGAUAAUAUUCCUUACCAGCUUUGUGGGGAACAGAGGCACUUUUACACGGGGUUAUGGCGCAAUGAUCAUGGAUGUGGAGUUUCUGUAUCACCUGCUCUAUCUGCUGAUUUGUGCGAUGGGUGUCUUUGUACAUGAAUUCUUUUACAGCCUGUUGCUCUUUGAUCUUGUGUACCGAGAGGAGACGCUUCUCAAUGUGAUCAAGAGUGUGACCAGGAAUGGACGCUCGAUCAUCCUCACCGCCGUGUUGGCAUUGAUCCUGGUCUACCUCUUUUCAAUUGUUGGGUAUCUCUUCUUUAAGGAUGACUUUAUACUGGAAGUGGAUAGGCUGCCCAAUGAGACAAACUUUCCAGAAACUGGAGGCACCAUGACUGGAGAGUUAUUGUAUCCAGAAGUCUGCCGGCUGGAUUCGGGACGAAAUUGCACGCAGGAGGAGCUAUCCCAAAGUCUGGAGGAGGAGCAGGAGGAAGAAGAAGAAAAGGAGCACACCUGUGAGACCCUCCUAAUGUGCAUUGUGACCGUGCUGAGCCACGGAUUGCGGAGUGGUGGUGGUGUUGGCGAUGUUCUCCGGAAACCUUCCAAAGAGGAGCCUCUUUUUGCUGCUCGGGUGAUCUAUGAUCUGCUGUUCUUCUUCAUGGUGAUCAUUAUCGUUCUGAACUUGAUUUUUGGCGUGAUCAUUGACACGUUUGCCGACUUGAGAAGUGAAAAACAGAAGAAAGAGGAAGUUAUAAAGACGACUUGCUUUAUUUGUGGGCUGGAACGGGACAAGUUUGACAAUAAGACCGUGACAUUUGAAGAACAUAUUAAGGAGGAACACAACAUGUGGCAUUAUCUAUUCUUUAUAGUGCUAGUGAAGGUGAAAGAUUCCACAGAGUACACGGGACCAGAGAGUUACGUGGCGGAGAUGAUAAAGGACCGGAAUCUAGACUGGUUCCCGCGCAUGCGAGCCAUGUCCUUGGUAAGCAGCGACUCUGAGGGCGAGCAGAACGAACUUAGAAAUCUGCAAGAAAAGCUGGAGUCUACCAUGCGUCUCGUAACAAACCUGUCCAGCCAGCUGAGUGAGCUGAAAGAUCAGAUGACAGAACAGCGGAAACAGAAACAGAGGAUCGGUCUCUUGGGACAGCCCGCUCAUCUUAACAUCAAUCCCCAGCAGCCAGCGUAGAGUCUCGCCUUGCAUCGUGAUGGCUGUGUAUCUGACGGCAGCCUCUAACACCCCCCCCACCCCACACCCACUUUGUCCUGGACCCCCACACCUUGUCCCACCACUAUACUUCAUUCAAGGAUCUGAUGGCAACAAAAUGUGAAUCGUGUGCCAAAUGCCGUCAGAAUGCCAGAAGAAAUCAGACUUUGCACUCGAGGAUUAAAAAAAUAUAUAUAUUGAACUGAUAGAAGGCGUUUGUUUUAUAUAUUUCAAAUCUAAAGGAUUCUAUUUAUGAAACUUUUUUUGUAAAUCAUGACAUCUGAGUGUACGGAUCACUAUAUAAUUAUAUGGUACCCUGUGCAGAACAGCUUCCAACCUCGGCCCGUUUUCCUGAGACUUCUCCGUCCGCCCCCCAAGCAGGAUUACUGGAAGGCAUCCACCUCGAAGCAUGUAGAUUGUCCCCCCGAAAGUGGCUCCUUGCCCAGGAUGACCUCACCAGGCUCCGGCGGUGAUAACGUCUGUGCUUCCCACGCCGAUUUCCCAGAAAACUACUAUGUGAAAUGCUGUAUAUUUGGGUGGGUUUGAGGAGCAGUCAGACUCGGCGCGGGGUUUUGGACUCGAUAAUCCAGCAUUCCCUGCAGAUCCACAGCUGUGACGGAUUCCUGCUUCUUCAGAGGGGGGCAGCCACUAUUUAUAGCCAUUUCUCCCCAUCCCCGUGGCUCUUAUUUGUACACACUCUGUUUUCUGGUGCAGGGAUGGGUCUCCUUGAAUUUGUAAAUGUGCGAGUUUGAGGUUAAAAUAAAAAUGAAGCAGUCU